AUGGAAAAGGUUAUCACCAUGAAAGAUAAAAGCUUUAGUUACUGGAGAGACUAUUUUCAGGGAGUGAAUUGUAGUAUCUUUGAGAUUAUUGAAAAUGCAAUCAUAGUGGCAGCCACAGAUCACCCAAAUGAGUUCAAGUUACAAAGGGGUCAGAUUGUUGAAAAACUUUACUCUUGCCAGGCAGGGACUCAAUGUUGUGGGCAAAAUCACAAUGAGUUAGCAAUGCUCAAUGAGACUAACAAUGGCAAUUUCAAUGAUGAACAUGCAAUUGUGAUGGCUAAUACUAGAUUAACUAGUAAUGCUGCUGAUUUGGAAGUUGGUGGCAGUGAGCAGAGUAAGGUUGAUAGCAGUAGUGAUCAGACAGAGAUGAAUACGACCCAAGAGAGCAAAUACAGUUACAGCGAAGCGGAGGCAUUGACAGAUGAGAUUGAUGAAGAGAGUGAGAUUUUUUUAGAGGUUUUAAGGACCAAGGAGAUUCUUGAAAAUAGUCAAGAUGAGUCUGAAACAGUAUUACUCGAGUCCUUAAGGAAGCUGCAAUUGAUGGUUCAUUCUGUUGAGGUUCUGCAGGCCACAAAUAUAGGAAGAACGGUUAAUGCUCUUCGAAGGCACAGGUCAAAACAGAUUAGAAAGUUUAUACAGACACUUAUUAAUGGUUGGAAGAUAAUGACAAACGAGUGGCUUGAUGCUGCAGCAAUUAUUGCCGAAGGUCCUGUAGACUCUAACGCCUCCACUGUUUUUGAUGAGAAAGGGCUCCCUUCUCCUCCAUUGGAUGAAGGGGCUCUCUUUGCAUCAAAAACUCCAAUAAAGCUCUCACAGUUCUUUGAUGGCAUCGAUGACGAUGGAAAUUUUGAACUCAACAUGGAGUAUGACAAGAAUCUUGAAAGUGGAACAAAACCCCUGCCAGGAAACCAAAAUAGUACCAAGCAUAACUCACCGCUUCCCAUGGAGGCCACUACACCUAUCCAUGACAAGAAGCACCAGCUGACACAGCAACAAUCUGUCAUUAAAUUAACUAGUAAUACUGAAACAUCAAAUACUAUAUCUAAGAAAGGAAGAACUCAUAAUUUGAAUUUGGAGCAAAAGGUCAAUAACGAAAUAGAUUUUCAACUUCAAGCCUCCAUCUCCAUCUCAUCCACGAUCUUCUUCCAGAAAUCUAGGCUUUUAGAUGAUGCUGCAGUCCAAGCGAAACUGAAUGCUACAAAGAGGAAACUUCAAGCUUGUUACCAACAAGCUGAGAAUGCAAAAAUGCAACGGAAAACAAAAUUUGUGGAUUUGCAUGAACUUCCUAAACAAAGGCUUCGUCGUAAAAAACCAUAUUCAAAAUGCUAG